AUGCCAUUCGCUAAACCCACAGUUGAGGACAACGAUGAUAGCAGAGUGCUGGGAUAUGAUCCAUUGCUCUCGCCUCAGUUCCUUCAGACAGAGGUGCCUGUGCCUGCCUCUGCAGUGGAAACAGUCCGAGUGAGCCGCAAGGAAGUCAUUGAGGUCAUAGAACAGCGUGAUGACCGUCUUCUUGUCAUCUGCGGACCAUGCUCGAUUCACGACCCUGCCACAGCGCUGGAGUACGCUGAACGCCUAAAAGCCUUGUCCGACAAGCUAAAGGGUGAUUUGUGUAUUAUCAUGCGAGCAUAUCUGGAGAAGCCUCGAACAACUGUUGGGUGGAAGGGAUUGAUCAACGACCCCGAUAUUGAUCAAUCGUACAACAUCAACAAGGGUCUUCGCAUCUCUCGAAAAUUGUAUGCGGACUUGAACAGCAUGGGUAUGCCGAUCGCGAGCGAGAUGCUGGAUACAAUCUCGCCUCAGUAUCUUGCUGAUUUGAUCUCUCUGGGUGCUAUCGGUGCUCGCACCACCGAAUCCCAACUGCAUCGUGAACUGGCAUCCGGUCUUAGUUUCCCCAUCGGCUAUAAGAACGGCACGGAUGGAAAUAUUGGGGUCGCAAUCGAUGCUAUAGGUGCUGCAGAGAAACCACACCGUUUCCUCGGAGUCACCAAGCAAGGUUUGGCUGCUAUUACCAAGACAACCGGUAACGAGCACGGUUUCGUCAUCCUCCGCGGAGGUACCAAAGGCACCAACUAUGAUGCAGAGAGCAUUGCUGCUGCCCGCGAGCAGCUAGCGAAGAAGAAGCAGCGGGAAAUCCUAAUGGUUGACUGUUCACAUGGAAACUCCAAGAAGGACCACCGAAAUCAGCCCCUAGUAGCUCAAUCCGUCGGUGACCAGUUGCGUAAGGGUGAAGAGGGUAUCAUUGGAGUCAUGAUUGAGUCCAAUAUCGCGGAAGGCAACCAGAAAGUUCCCCCAGAGGGCCCUUCUGGGCUCAUCAAGGGUGUUAGCAUCACCGAUGCCUGCAUCAACUGGGAGACGACAGUGGAAGUCCUCGAACAGCUGGCAGAGGCUGUGCGUACAAGGAGAGAGGUCUGCUCAAAGAAGGCAUAG